AUGAUGACAAACCAAGCAGAGGAAGGAGGCCUUGACUCCAACGUCCACGAUGAUCUUUUGCAAAAACAACAUGUUUCUAUCGAUCAGAAUCCAGAGCCCGAGCAGCGACAAGAGGAGCCACAAGCACGAGAACCAGUGCAAGAAGCAAUCACUAUUAAUAAUGACCCCACUUCACUGGAGAUUGGCAUCAAGGAGGCAGCGCCGACCGCCCACCAGAACAACACCGUACCGCCGUUCCAAGGACAACUUCGAUAUCGCUUUCCCCGGAUCUACUUUGUUUUGGCCCCCGUAACGGCGGAAGGCAUUCACGGGAGGUUUUCUGACCAUCAUUGGUUUUCUAGCACUCAACAAUACGGCUGCAACAGUCCUCUGUCCAUACAACUUUAUAACGAGAACCGACUGGGUGGCGCAGAUGCUGCAGACUUUCCUCUCAGUGAUGCCUAUUGGUUCAGCUACAUCACCACGACAACAGUUGGGUUGGGUGAUUUUCAUUUUUCUCACGAAGAAUUUGCAGUGGGUGACACGUUCUUUGUUCCUCUGCUGGUAUUGAUUGGCUUCAAUUUUGUGGGUAUCUUUGCAGAAAAGAUGACUGACCUUUACAAUCAAUACUUUCCAGACAGAGGUGGAUUUGAAACCAUCAUGGAAUACAAAAGACAAAACCCAGAACGGUUGGCAAUGUUGGCAUCCUUCCCAGAACCAGAAGUGAGGUCAAAUUCUGCGUGUUGCAGCUGCCGGACACGUCAUCGCAUUAAGUGUACUAGUACUCAACCCCUAAUGGAGAAAAUUGUAUUCCGCUUGGAUUCCGGGCUGGCACAGAAUCCUCAGAGCAACUGGCCCAAUGAAUGUUCUCAAAAGAUGUGCACAAACUGUUUCGGGAUGCAGACCUUCCCAAAAUCGAAUUUAAAGUGGCUGUGCCGAUUUUGGAGGCGGAUCGACACGUCCCUUGUCCAAGACAAGAUGGUGGAUAUCUUUUUGAUCAUUGUGACAUUGGUGGCAUUCUUAAUUUUGACGGUUGUGGCCCUGUAUCUGUUGGUCCACUACCAGCAUCCGGAUGACAAGAAUGAAGCCUAUUUACCGAAGUUUGUAGUGAUAUUUGGGUUCGUCUUGGCCGGAGCUACCGUCUUGAUGCUACCCUUGGAUGUCGCCAACAAUGAGGGAUAUGCCGGAUGUGCUGGUUACGAUACCAGUUUCUGUGGGGGCCUCAACAUGGAAUUCAUGUGGUCGAUUGUGUUUUGGGCCAUUCCGAUUUGGGUAUUUGUCCUGAUUCCCUUCUCCACUUUUUACUACGAAGCCGAUGAUGGUAUGCUCAUGGCAGGAACCAGUUAUCAACCAGAUGGGGCACCGAAAUCCAAAAUUGCUUCAGCUUGCUGCUAUCAAAUGUUUGUGUUCGUCAUUGUCGGAGCCAUUUUUGCCGCUUCCUACUUCAUCUUUAGCGAAACCAACAUUCCCGUCCGGAGCUACCAAGGAGCCAGCUUGCUCAAUGGGUUCGCCCAUACCGUCAUUCCAAAACGAAAUUUAACCAGCGGAGAACUAUUGCCAUUUUCAUCCCAUCAAUUAGUUCCCAUGAGGCAAACAGAUGUCAAUUACUUCAGGUCCGUUGCCACUGAGGGAUUUGUCGACCUCACACUCACCGUAUCGGUCUCCAACUUUUAUGCUGGUCUCAUGGCUUUCUUCGGAUGGUUCCUAUUUGCCAUUUUUGGUGGUGUUGGAUUGGCUGCUAUGCCCCUCGAUCUCAUCAUGAUGUACAUUAAGCGACCUCGGCAUUUGGACGCACAGGAAUUUCAAGAAUUGCAAACCAGUCUCCGAGAACGCACCAACGAAUUGGUCGAUAUUGGAGAACUCAUCAAGAUUGAACGAGACGAAAAGGCAAAGUUGGGAUUGACCAGCGGAUGGGGGGCCGCACUGUUUGAUUCGGACAAACGAAAGGAAGCUCGAGACGAACGACAAGCCAUUUUGGGAUUCCAGCAAGCCGUGUACCUUUUGGAACAGGACGUGGAGGACUUUCAAGCCUGCCAUGCCAAUUAUGAAAACUACAAUCCAUUGAUCCCUUACAUUGGCUUGGUUUGUGGAUUCAUCUCUUUCAUUAUCUCGGUUAUGUGGUUCCUACACAUUGUUAUUUAUGUGCUUCCAACGCCGCCACUGCGACCCUUUCUCAACAAUUUCUUUGGAUGGUUCGACAAGUGGUUCCCGCUCUUUGGUGUUCUGAGUGUUGCAAUCUUUACGGUGUAUUUGCUACUAUGUGCCAUCAAAGGUUGCUUCAAACUAGGAAUGCGCUUCUUGUGCAUGACGUUGCAUCCCAUGAAACCAGGCAAGACUUACAUGAGUUCCUUCAUGUUCAACAUUGGAUUGGUGCUAUUGUGUGCUCUGCCCGUGGUGCAGUUUUGCAGUACGGCAUUUGCCGACUAUGCCAAGUAUGCCACUAUUCGACAGAUAUUUGGAGUCCAGAUUGAAUACCUGCGUUUCUUCUCCUUCUUUUGGAAGAAUGAUGUUUUCAUCUUCUUCUUUUUGAUCAUAAUGCUCUUGACAUCGGUCUACUUGGUCUGCAAACCGGCCGAUCAGUCCACCAAUUCGCAAGCCUUGCGAGAUCGGCUCAAUUCUCACAGAAGAUAG